CCGAACUAACACUGACCUGUGUUAAACCAACUAAACUACAGCCACUGACUACGCUAACCAGCCUUAGUUGGUGCUAACUCGGCUAAAGGCUAACUAGACUUUCAGCGAACGAUUUCAGCGUUAGCUUGUAUAGAUAGCAUCAGCAGCUAGCUCUUCAAUCAAGCGUCUGUUAUCUCAUCCCACGAGACCACUGAACUCACCGCACAACACAUGACAACACCCUGGCUAAUGUUUCACUGAGGCGGUUAAACAUCGGUUGCACGAAGCUGGAUGAUAAGUAAGCUCGGGGGUGUUAUUAGCCUCUUCAGAAGCGAUAGUUAGCUCAGUUUGUCUCCAGAGGAGGGAAAGGUAAGACAGAAAUGCAGUCUGCGGUUAAACAAAACCUCCACGGGGAGACUGAAGGAGACGUCAACAAGCUCAUCAACCUGAAGCUCAAUGCGUCCUACACCUACCUCGCUCUGGGGAUGUAUUUUGACAGGGAUGAUGUAGCCCUGCCAAAAUUCUCCAGCUUCUUCCUGGAGCGCUCGGUGAAGGAGAGGGAGCAAGCCGAGAAGCUGCUGGAAUAUCAGAACAUGAGAGGAGGCCGUAUUUUGCUUCAGACUAUCGCUAAACCAAGUAGAGAGGAUUGGAGAGGUGGCCUGGAUGCAAUCUCCUUUUCCCUCGACUAUCAGAAGACCCUCAACACAUGUAUCCUUGACGUGCACCGCAGAGCUGGCAGCCACACCGACCCUCAUCUGUGUGACUUCCUUGAGCAGCACUUCCUCACUGACAGCCACGAGACCAUCAAGAAGCUGGGUGACUAUGUCGGGAGUCUGACUCGCAUCACUGCGUCCGAGACACAUGGCCCUAUGGGAGAAUACCUCUUUGAUAAACACACUCUGUAAAGGUCACAGCAGUACAGUGACACAAGCUCCACAGUGUAACAAUCUCUCGCUGUGUUUUUUUCCGUUACAAGUAUAACUAAUAUUUUAACACUUGACCUAAACUUCAUUCUUGUAUCAAAGGCACAAGAGAAGUUCAAAAGCAAAAUGACAUAAAAUACCUCAGUUUUCCUUAAACCUCAGUGAAAAAAUCUCUGGUGCUAAAAGCUACUAUUUAUCACUUGUUCAUUUAGACUCUAUCAUGUGUCAUGCAUUCCACUGUCAGAGGUUUCAAGCUUCACAGUUGUUUUUUUAAAAUUCAUAAUAAAGUUUGCCAAUCAAAAUCAAUUCACAAAAUGGUGUAAAAAUUUAGAUGAAUAUGGAGACAUUUAAUAAAGUCAGAUUUUGCUCACA